AAACUGCGGUCACCCUGCGCACGAAGUUUGACAGCCGACAGUUUACACGUCACGAAGUAGCCACGAGAAAGCGACCGCCGCAGUCAGUUGUGUUUAGUUAGUUUUGUUUAAAUAGCCCGCAAAUUAAGUAACGCAAAAUCAUCAUGUUGAGGAAAACGUUAGCGUUGUGCGCUCUCUUCGCUGUGCUCAGCGUCUGCUUGUCUGAGGACGAGACGCGCGCCCGUCUCCUCGUCUCCAAGCAGAUCCUCAACAAAUAUCUAGUCGAGAAGAGCGAUCUUCUUGUGCGCUACACAAUCUUCAAUGUGGGCAACGGAGCGGCGACUCAAGUGCAGCUGGUCGACAACGGUUUCCAUCCUGAUGCCUUUGAGGUUGUUGGUGGCCAACCGGCGGCAACUGUUGAACGCAUUGCACCACAAACCAAUUUCACACACGUGCUUGUCGUGCGUCCGAAGGCAUUUGGUUACUUCAACUUCACUGCUGCCGAAGUGUCUUACAAACCAGUCGAGGAAGCCGAAACACUACAAUUGGCCAUCAGCUCGGAGCCGGGAGAGGGUGGCAUUGUCAAUCUGAAUGAGUACAACAAACGCUUCUCGUCGCAUUUCUUUGAUUGGGUGGCAUUUGCCAUAAUGACGCUGCCAUCGCUGGCCAUUCCCCUCAUCCUGUGGCACUCAUCAAAGAGCAAAUAUGAGCGUCAUGGCAAGAACAAGAAGCACUAGAAGUCUUUUUCUCGUGGGACAUAACUCAAUAUUCAACAGAGAUUCAACAAAAUUCCGUGCAACAUCAGAUUGCUCUUUCAUAUUCAUACACAUUUGACAUUGUAGAAGCAAAGUAUGGCGUUAAAUCGUUUUAGAUUUGAUACGAAGACGCAUCCCAUGUCUUUAGACUGCUUUUCUAAAUAAAUAAAAUUCAAAUCACAUUCUAA